GUUGCUAUGGACGAAUUCAUUGGUUGCUAGGAACGCACAAGCACAUCUGUCAUGGCCGCCGUUAAGAACAAACACGUCCGACUUUCGAAGAGUUACAUAGGAGAAGUAAAAAAUCAGACCAGACAUGGAUUCGGCGUUUAUGUGUAUCCAAACAAUUUCUUUCGCUACGAAGGUGAAUGGAAGAUGGGAGUUAAGCAAGGAAAUGGCAAAGUUGUUAUGAAAGAUGGCAGUUAUUAUGAAGGUGAAUUUGUAAAUGGAGAGAUUGAGGGCAACGGAGUGAGAUACUGGGCAAAGACAGGGAGUACCUAUUCCGGUCAGUUCUCUGCUGGGGAGCUUCACGGAUUUGGUGUCUUCCAGCACGGCAAUGGAGAGAAAUACGAGGGAGAGUUUGCAUGGGGUCUCAGAGAAGGUCAUGGACUUCUGGUGGACAGAGAUGGACAAACAUACGAAGGCUGUUUCCAUCAGAACAAGCGACACGGGGAGGGGCGGAUGCACUACAGGAAUGGAGACGUCUAUGAAGGCAGCUGGAUACGAGGCCAGAGGCAAGGCCAUGGAACCAUGCACUUCAGCAACAGCUCAGUCUAUGAGGGCCAGUGGCGUAGUGAUCAGGUCUGCGGCGAGGGAACGCUGCUCCACUGCUCCGGGGUCAGUUACGAGGGCCUCUGGAACAAUGGCCGACCUGCGGGGGAACACGGCGCACAGAUCUCAGACCAGCUCCUUCUGGCUCUACAGAACCUGUCUCCUGCACGCAGAGAUGGUGGAGUCACAGGCACAGACACACAUUUAGAUUAAUACUUUCCAGGGUGCCAAUGCACGCACGCACGCACGCAACGGGUGAAGGGGUCAUGCAAAUCUCUGACCAGCUCCUCUACUAUGUCUACUACAUGUGUCUGCUGUACACUAGGAUGGUUGUGUCUCUCUCUCACACAUACACACACACACACACACACACACACACACACACACGUUGGACAGGUUCCUUGGCUGACGAGCUAACUAACCCAGACUCUUAGACUCCUUCUGAAUUCACUCCAACUGCACUGUCUGUCUGCUGUGAGGAAACAUUACCACACACACAAAUACAUGGACACAGGUACUCAUAUAUGUACAGACACAAACACACACACACACACACACACACACACACACACACACACACAAGCAUGUAUUUUUGCAUAUUUUGAUACACAGGCACGCUGAUGUGCAGACAUAGAGAUAUGCACAGUGGUGUACACAUAAAAAUUAACACACUCUAGUGAACACACACCCAAACAGAGACUUGUGUGCGCUCACAAACGCACACUAACACACACUAGCACAGAGGCUCGGAUUUAAUCUCCACCACGUGUGUUUGCCUAAUGAGUGGCGCUGUUACUGUUACCAAGGAGACGCGAGACGGUCAGGAACAACAAAAAACAUCAACAGCUAGGAAAGAACAAGCUGUCACACAAACAAGCGAAAACACACUAACAACAAAACACAGUGAAAUGACAUGCACACAUAUGCUUUAGAGUCACACUGACACAGCACACAAAAUAAUGACUCUCAUACACACACACAAUCACAAUCGUGGAGAAGCACGCAAACACGCAAACACUUGUAUUCAAGGUUGUUUUAUUCAGAUGCUAGAAGAAAAAAACAGCGGCCAGGACAAUUACCCCAUCAAUUUACGUCCUUCGUUUAAAAAAAAAAAACUCCUCUGCCUCAGCUACAAGUGCACGUCGUUCACGUUUAACAACACAGCACUCGUGAGUCUAUUCAACCUGUUAUCUGCCCAAGCCAGAGAAGGAUCCUCAACUCAACCAUCUUGUGCAAGUAUUAAAGAUUUUGAGUAGUGUGCCAUUGAUUCUGAAGAGCAGAGGUGAGUGGCCUGAAAACCGCUCGAUGCGGGGUCUGUAAUGUGAAAAGCAUAGAUAAUAGAUAGCGAUGCAAGGUCUAUAAUGUGAAAACCAUAGAUAAUAAAUAGCAAGGUCUGUAAUCUGUAAAUGGGGCGGCUCCAUUGCUUAUGUCGUCUGUUUCUAUUGCGGAAACUUAAUAAGAUGGAGACAGACUAUGGUAGCAGAUUCCACAUUUUAAAUGUUUUUUUUUUUUUUUUACUUUAUAUGUUGGAAUAAUGAGAACUAUGGCUAAUAAAGGUUGAUAAAGACAUCUCUGUGGUGAACACUCUGAAUCGAACAGUAUUUUUUUUAUUGUUUACUUUUAAGGCUUUUUGCUUGACUCAAUCACCUGUUCUUUCACGAAAAAGAAAUCCCAUCCCCGUCACCUGACCGAUGUUCUUUCACGUGAAGGUGAUUUGAAUCUCCGCACAACUUCAAACACGAUCUGAAGCGCGGAUCUGCAGCGCGGCACAUGAGGAGGCCGAUAGAUAAUCUCAUCUAACUCAGGGUCUGCUCAAGGUCCUCUGUGCGAGCUGUGACCAUGGGUCGGACCUUAUGAAGCUGAGGCCCUUGUUGUCUUUAUGUCCUUGUUUCUGACGGUGUCGUCCGUGUGAAGCGGUGCCGUAAAAAGUUAAAUAGGAAAUGAACUGAAUUGAAUGCGAUCUCUGAGCACAAUCAUAGAUAGUGCUCCAUUUACGGUGAACACGGCCCGUGCUGGCGUUUAAUAGAGAGCAUACUUGCUCCCAGACGGAAGGGUGUGUGAAAUAUUAACCAGGACAGACGGGGUCCUGCACCGGGGGAUGUGUGUGUGUGUGUGUGUGGGUACGUGUGUGGGCGUGCAUGCGUGUUCGGAGGUGGGGGGAGGGUGCUGUUUGACACACGGGUGCACCUCAGCUAUGACUUAUAGACAUGCAGACACACACACACA